AUGUCCGCGACGCUGGCGGAUCCGUACCGAGACUAUGCCAUUGACUACUCUCAACAUGCUACCCGCAAACCUGAGGAACAUGAAGGCACGCUCGUCUAUCACUCCCAACAGCCGCACCUUCAGCACGCGAAACAGACAGACCCGUCUUUCUCAACCGGCAACUCGCACGGCGCAGCAUUUGAGCAGCAUCAUGCGAAUGCGACCGUGCUCCCAACCGCAACACCUCAGCCAACAGUCCCCGAUAUCUCCCAAACAGCUCUCCUCAACCAGGCUCAAAUGCUCCCCCGCCAGCUCCCGGUGCAGUACGCGCCUGCCGCCAGCUACGAGAUCGCGCCCUCGAUCCAGCGUGGCAAGAAGAGGCCUCAUUCCGAAAGUGAGCCAGAGGUUGGUAACACAGACCAUGGGAUCAGACAGUUGCCAGUCCUUCCACCAAAUGCACCUUCAGAGGCAACUCAUUCUCCUGAAAUGCUCUUCUCCGUGCAUGGAGAGUCUUCCCAGCACCAUCAUGCGAUGUCGAGCCACGGCUUUGGGCCAACCGAUUCAAUGGCCCUCCCACAACAUCACCACCACCACCAUCUCCCUCCUCACGCAUCACUUCGAGCUACAGAGGGUCAGGGCCUGAAUGUAGAUACAUCACCUCUGCCGUCUGGGCCACCAAGUGUCGUGGGGCAGCCGGGGAUGCCUGACCCGGCGCCUCGACCGCGUGGGCCCAAGCUCAAGUUUACCCCGGAGGAGGAUGCUUUGUUGGUUGAAUUAAAAGAGAAUAAAAACUUGACCUGGAAGCAAAUAGCCGACUUUUUCCCUGGUCGAACGAGCGGCACCUUGCAAGUCCGUUAUUGCACCAAGUUGAAGGCGAAGGAUGUAGCCUGGAGUGACGAAAUGGUGCAACGACUGCGGCGCGCUAUCCAAGAGUACGAAAACGAUCGUUGGCGUAUUAUUGCCGGGAAGGUUGGUAAUGGUUUUACGCCAGCAGCAUGUCGAGAAAAGGCAACACAGCUUUGA